CUCCUCUUCCGGAAACCGAUUCGUGGUCGGGAAAUCUGCUUGGCGGUCGGAGAUGGAAAGGGUAGAUGGUCUCUUUACUUGACAGUUGAUGCUGAGUUGUGAGGUUGUUCAAGCGACGAAACAUGUAAUUUUGCAGGCCUCAUUUUGAGCGUCUCAGCGAGUGUCCCUCGUUCAUCGUUAGAAAAGACAUGUUACCGUGUCGCUGUGCUUGAGGUAAUCAUCGCGUUAAGAGCGUCUGUCGGAAAGGAGUGACAUCGACACAACUAAUACUACUACACCAACGCUUGCGAUGACAUGCUGAUAGGAAGCACCGCGUGUACAUGCUCAAAGCAAUGCCAAGUCCUCCCCUAGACCUCCCGACAUGCGACAAGCGACCCGACAAAGCUCCAGGUUUCUUUCCCCGAAACAAAUCCCGUCCCACAUGCAUCAGACUCAUCUCGCCUCACCCAACGCCAACUCCGGUCCCAAUCCAGUUUCCAAUCCAUCCCGAACGAAGACGAUCCAAGCCGGCAGCAAACACCCGAAUCAGAAUCGGUCGACGUCUGCGAGCUGGCGCGUUCCUUACCCUUGCACCCAGUCCCAGUUCCCCAUCGAGAAGACAGGAAAUGAUCCACAUGAGUCUAGUCUUGUUCAUCAGGUACCCACCUGUGCACCUGGCUCGCAGCAUCAUACCUGUUGCGGCAAUCUUCGCGGCCAUGGCACGCCAGGCAGGGGUUAGCCCGUCGACAUGGAUUUUCCUGCUUUUCACAAGCUGCAAAAGCUUGGAGCAAAGGCAGUGAGUGGGGCGCGUGCUGGCGCGGCUUUUGGACCCCACGCCGCGCUACGCUAAUCGCUAGUUCGGGGCGAGAUCCGGGAUCCCGAACGUUGGGUUUA